UGAAUUUUAAAAUUAGAGAGAAUUGAUAUAACUGUAAGAGGUAAAUGUUAUCAUCCUACUCGGUAAUAAAACUAUCAUUAGCUGCCUUCGACGCAACUGUCCCUUCGUCAGUUUCUGUCAGGACUACUUUUGAAGAACAGUCUCAAUUCUUUGUAGAGAUGUUCAGGGAAGUUACUGUGGUUUUGUUGAUUGCGUUGCUUGCGUGGGCAUAUCAGUCUGCCUACCCUCCGCCUCCCAAGCCUUGCGGCAGCCUAGGUGGGCCUCCCAUCACAGCACCUAGAAUAAAAUUGAGGGAUGGAAGACAUUUGGCUUAUAAGGAGCAUGGUGUACCAAGAGAAACUGCCAAAUACAAGGUCAUAUUUGUUCAUGGCUUUUCUGGAACCAAAGAUGAUACUGGGAGUUUAACAAACCUUCCUCUGGAAGUAAUUGAGGAGCUACGCGUGUAUUUUGUGUCCUUUGACCGGCCAGGUUAUGGAGAAAGUGAUCCAGAUCCAAAGCGAACUCCAAAGAGUCUGGCUUCUGAUAUAGAGGAGCUUGCUGAUCAUUUAGGAUUGGGAUUAAAAUUUUUUGUAAUUGGGUCUUCCAUGGGAGGCCAGGUGGUUUGGGGCUGCCUGAAGUACAUUCCUCAUAGGCUAGCAGGAGCAACAUUGAUUGCUCCUGUUGUCAACUACUGGUGGCCUCGCUUCCCUGCCAACUUGUCUAAAGAGGCCUACUACCUACAGUUACCACAAGACCAGUGGACACUACGUGUUGCUCACUAUACUCCAUGUCUGACCUAUUGGUGGAACACACAGAAAUUGUUCCCUGCAUCAGCUGUUGUUGCCAGAAAGCCUGAGGUUUUCUCUCGACAAGAUCUGGAACUUUUCUCCACAAUUUCUGCUAGUCGAACACCCAAGCAAAAGGUGAUUCAACAAGGGGAAUUUGAAUCCCUACAUCGUGACAUAAUGGUUGGAUUUGGGAAAUGGGAAUUUGAUCCCAUGGAUCUUGAAAAUCCUUUUCCUAACAACGAAGGCUCAGUUCAUCUAUGGCAAGGAGAUGAAGACAGGAUGGUCCCAGUUAUGUUACAGCGUUAUGUUGUCCAAAAACUACCAUGGAUUCACUACCAUGAGUUGCCUGGUGCUGGGCACUUGUUUUCCUAUGUUCCUGGGAUGAGUGAAACUAUUUUGAAGGCUCUUUUGCUUGGCAGAAAGUAGCUUUAUUCUUGAUUUCUAAUAUUCUUGUAUCUUUAUUUAUGUUGUACAAGAUAUCAUUCUGCAACUUUUGUGGGAUUUCACACUAAUUAUAAUCAAAUUAUCAUACAAA